CUAAACGCUGCCGUUUUGUUUCAUAGUUAGACAGAGAGACAAGACACCUUUGGCUUUCGUUAAGAAAGAAAAAGAAGAAUAAAAAGAAACUUCUCUCUGUUUUCUCUCUCUUGCCGUUCCCGUCUUCCGUCGUCGUCGCUCUCUCUCUCUCUCUCUCUGCGUUUCUUCUCCAAGCCGGAGGAAAGCCCAAAACCCUUGAAUCGAAAACAGCGGUACCGCUGCUACUGAUUGAUAGAACAUAACUUCAAAGUUAUAAAAGGAAACGUCGUAAGAGUAAUCUCAGGACUAGUAACUGGAUCUCUUGUUUCUCCGGUAUUCAUUUGAUCUUCUAUAAAACCUUUUUGGAACCCGUCUCAGAAGCCCUUACAGCUCGUGGGAUUCGAUUUAUUGCAUGUUUGGUUUCGAGGUCUUGCCUCUGAUUCAGUCGGUGACAGAGUUUUCAGAGAGAAUCAUGCCUCUGUUUUGGUUAAGAGAUUGACUUCAUCUGUCGGAAUCUGUAGAUCAAUUUUUAGGAGAUUUCUGGGUUUAAAGCUGCGAGGGGGAUUAGGUGGGUGAUGGGGAGUAGUGAUGAGCGAAACAGUAAGGCGAUUGAUGCGUCGGUAGGAGGUUUGGUUUGGGUCCGACGCCGUAACGGGUCAUGGUGGCCGGGUCGGAUUAUGGCUCAUCACGAGGUUCCCGACAGUACUAUUGUUUCUCCUAAAUCUGGCACUCCUAUUAAGCUUCUAGGUCGUGAAGAUGCUAGCGUGGAUUGGUAUAAUCUUGAAAAGUCCAAGAGGGUGAAGGCGUUUCGCUGUGGGGAGUACGAUGCUUGCAUUGAGACGGCAAAGGCUACUGUAUCUACCACUAGUAAGAAGGCUGUCAAGUAUGCCCGUCGAGAAGAUGCCAUUGCCCAUGCUCUAGAGAUUGAGAGUGCACACCUUGCCAAAGAUAACCCAGAGUGUAUUGAGAAGGCUAGUACAUCUGGCAAGGUUCCUAGAAGAUGUCAUUCCAGAAAGGGCAAAGAGGACUCCAGUGAUGUAGCAGAGACUGAAGUUGCAUUGCAAUCUAGUAAGUCUUCAAAAAAAAACAAUAAGGUCAAAGCUUCUAAGGUGCAGUCCUUGUCAGGGAAGAGAAGAAGAACACCAAAUGAUUCGGAAGAUGAUGGGACUGAAGGAAAUAAACGAAUGAGAGGACUUGAGGAUAUUGGAACUGGUAGAGGAUCAAAAGGAAAACUACAGGUCGGUGCAGUGCUCGAGGAUAAGCAGGAAAAUGGUUUUAAAAGUGAUGCAAACAUCAAUGGUUCCAUGCUGAAUGGGAGUCUCGCCAAUGGUAGUAGCAGGGACUGCUCUCUGUCAAUGAAAAGAAAUAGGUCGCCUGUUGUAAAUGCUAAUGAAUACUCUAAAAGAAAAACCCGACAACGGCCACUAACAAAAGUGUUAGAGAGUACAUCUAUGGUAUCGGUUCCUCUUGCCCGUGAUGAUCUUAUCAAUUCUGAUUGUUUGCCUCCUCCAGGGAUUUCAGAAAACAAACCUUCUGCUGCAAACAACAAUAACAAUUCAGACAACAUUGGGGUUUUGUGUGAGAAUGUUUCCGUUUCAUUAAACGCUUCUGAAAACGUUGUUGAUUCUAUCCAUAGCAAGAAGGCAAAAGAAAGUGAAAACUCCAACAUAUCACUUUCAGCAAAGGAUGAUGCGUCCAAUGGGUUAUUUGAUGUUCCACUGAUUGGAGAAGAAAACUACUCUACAGGAAUUAUGACGGCAGCUUUCACAUCUUCCUCACCCACGAAGGCUCUUGUUUCUGGACUGACUAGGCUGUUUGGUCAGAGUAGCCAUAAUGAUUUGGUGAAAAAAGAAAGAAGUAAUGGAUCUGCUUAUACACGUCCGACAACUACAUUUAUCAAUGGGAUUGAGACGAGCACUACAAAGUGGCAGAUAAAAGGCAAAAGGAAUUCAAGGCAGAUGAGUAAAAAACAAGAAGAAAGAAGAAAUGCUUAUGCCGAAGCCAACAACAAUUUUCUGUCUGGUUGCUCUGUCUCUGAUCAAAAGAUAUAUGGUCAAUUUAGCUUUGGUACUAGUACUAUGGGGAGAAAUUCUGAAAUGUAUAAUGUGAAGAUUGAGGUAAAAGCCAACUAUAAACCCCGGAAUGUUCCGCUGAUUUCCCUUAGGAGUAAACUGAAUGGUGAAGCUAUUGUUGGACAUCCUUCAACGGUUGAAGUGCUUGAAGAUGGAUCAUGUGACCGCAUUGUGAGUAGUCAUCUCGAUCCCUUUGCUGUACCAAUGGAUGAUGAUGAGAAGCCAAAACCUUCAUCGAAAAAGAAAGGCAAGAAAAAGAAAUCACAUAUCCCUCCAUAUAAAUCAUCAAAGUCAAAGAAAUCUUCAUCUCUAUCAAUAAAGACAAGGUGUCUCUCAACACUAAGUGGCCAGAAGCUGACAGCAAGUAGCAAGAAGAAGAUGAUGAUAGAGAAGACGAAAGAUAGAAUUGUAGCUUGCAUCCCUCUGAAAGUAGUAUUCAGUAGGAUAAACGAAGCACUGAAGGGAUCAACGAGACAAGUGCAUAGAUCAUUACCAUCUGCAGGCAAUACAUGAUGAGAUGAGUUUGGUCUCUGUUCUAUUUCCUGCCAUUUGUUUCUUACGUUCAUUUACCUCGCGGUUUUAAGCAUUGACCAAGACGAUAUUAGCCCGGUUUUAGGGGGGUGAUGGAUGGUUUUACUGUACAAGUAUAAUACAGUGAUAUAUAUAUAGGCCUUCUGAGAAAGAACAGAAGUAAGAAUAUGGAAGUGAAGUUGUAUAUGUAAAUAUUAGCUAUAGCAAUUAAUGGUUGGAGGUGUAAUUUUAAAGGAUUAAAAGAACUCAGAUUAGAUUUGAAGAAUACACUGUUGCUCGUUUACUCAUUUUGCUAAGUUAUUUUUCUGAUAAACUCACAAAACUAUUGGUUGUAACUCGUGAAGAA